AUGGUGCGGUGUUUCAGUGCCAUUAAGUGGGCUUGGUGGCCACAGAGACCCUGGUCAUUAUCUAUGGACUGUGAACACCUUGAAAUGGAAUCGUUCACUAAAUUACUGGAAAGACCGCAAUAUCUCGGGUCCAAAAGCCGUACCAUAUUUUGGAAAUGCUUUAAGUCAUCUCUUAAAGCCGAGGCCUUAUGUGGAUGGUAUAACACUUACGGCCGACUCUAUGGUGUGUACGAAAUGCGAGGGCCGCACUUAAUAGUGGCGGACCCGGUGCUCAUCAAACAGAUUCUGGUGGAGGACUUUCACAAAUUGCGUAACACUAUGCCUAAUGAUCCAAAUCAAUUGUUUCCCCAACACUUGGCCAGCGCUAGCGAUGACCACUGGAAACGGCUCCGACUUAUAUUGAGCCCAGCGUUCACUUCAGGCAAAUUGAAACGCAUGUACCCUCUCAUCGACGAGUGUUGUCAAGAGUUUAUACCGGCUUUGGAUAACAAGCUGUCCAUCAGUAGCGGUCAGACGGUUGACGUCCAGUUGGAGCCACUUAUGAACAACUAUAGUAUGGAUGUGAUCGCCAGCACAGCCUUUGCCACAAAAACACAUCCCUAUUCGCACCCAAACCACCCGUUUGUCGCAAACGCGUCUAAAUUCUUUGUUUUUAGUCGCUUUAAGGCGUUGUCGGCAAUGAUUUUGCCCCCAUUUGUCACUCAUAGCCGGGUCUGGAAGGCGGUGAUCGGCGGCGGCGGUGACGGCAAAACGCCGCUAAUGUUUUUCACUCAAAUCAUCGGACGUUUAAUGUCUGAGCGCAAGAAAUCGGGCAAAAUAUACAACGAUUUAAUGCAAUCACUUAUAGAUUCCGAAAGAGUGGACAUCAAUGACCAGACGGUAAGCGCGGAUAUAAAGGCCAGCACUGAUGCGGCCGAAGCUCAAGGCAUUGGCAAUGAGAUGGACGAAGAGGUCAACGAACAGGUCUUAAACGAUAAACUCUUCGACAAAAAGUUGACCAAAGAGGAGAUAAUCAAUCAGUGCAUCGGAUUGUUAAUCGCAGGCGUCGGCAGUACGUCAUCGACGCUGUCUUACUGUACGUAUGAGUUGGCACUCAAUCCCCACAUUCAGGACCGGUUGGUGGCGGAGACCAAAGAGGCGUUCAAUGAAAACACGGCAGACAUGAACUACGAAACCCUUUGCCGACUCCCACUCCUGGAUGCCGUCGUAUCGGAAACUCUUCGCAAAUACCCUCAAGAGCUUUACGUAAGACGAGUGGCCGCAGAGAACGUGGUGUUGAGCACCGGUCGUAGCAAUGGAUCAAUGGUGACGAUCGAGAAGGGAAUGUUCGUAGAGAUACCGGUGUAUGGCAUACAUCACGACCCGGACAACUAUCCCGACCCCGAGGCUUUUAACCCCGACCGCUUUUUGCCCGAAAAUGGUCAUCACAUCAAACCCUAUACAUACCUGCCGUUCAGCGCCGGACCCCGAAGUUGUAUUGCUAUGCGUUUGGCAUUACUUGAAGUGAAACUACUUGUGGCUAAAAUGAUACAACAGUUCCGGUCCUAUGCAGUGCCCAACACUCCUAUACCCCCUGUUUUCAAGUUUCAUGAUGAUAUGUUAGUAGCUCGGUGUCUUGUGGUGGGCGUUGCAAAACGUUAA